GAGAGAGAAGAGCAGUACUCUGCCAGAAUCAAACCUGUGAGCUCUCUGCAACUGCAUCUCAUCUAACUGAUAAAAUGGAGAAAGAUUCAGAGCAAAUGGCAGAGACCACAAAUCAACAAGAAAGAGACAUGGAGAGCAAUUCACUCCAUCAGCCACUCCUCAAGAGAAAUCUAACCCUUUCUUCAAGUCCACUAGCCCUUGUUGGAGCCAAAGUUUCCUAUAUCGAAAGCUUGGAUUAUGAGAUCAAUGAGAAUGAUCUGUUCAAGCACGAUUGGAGAAGCAGAUCGCAAGCGCAAGUGUUACAGUAUAUAUUCCUUAAAUGGUUAUUGGCUUUCCUAGUCGGGCUACUAACCGGUCUCAUAGCCACUCUCAUCAAUCUUGCAGUUGAAAACAUUGCAGGAUACAAACUACUUGCUGUAGUUCAAUACAUAGACAAUAAAAGGUACAUGAUGGGGUUCUUGUACAUGACCGGUGUUAAUUUCCUAUUAACACUAGUCGCAACAGUUCUAUGUGUGUUUUUCGCACCUACUGCAGCGGGUCCUGGCAUUCCUGAAAUCAAAGCUUACCUAAACGGGGUGGAUACUCCCAAUAUGUAUGGUGCCACCACCAUGUUUGUUAAGAUCGUUGGAAGUAUAGGAGCUGUGGCUGCAGGUCUGGAUUUAGGGAAAGAAGGGCCACUGGUUCACAUUGGUGCCUGCAUUGCUUCACUACUAGGUCAAGGUGGGCCCGAUGACUACCGGAUCAAAUGGCGAUGGAUUCGUUACUUCAACAACGACCGUGAUCGCCGAGAUAUAAUCACCUGUGGCGCAUCCUCAGGUGUAUGUGCUGCUUUCCGGGCCCCAGUAGGAGGUGUCCUGUUUGCACUUGAGGAAGUGGCCACAUGGUGGAGAAGCGCUCUUCUCUGGAGAACCUUCUUCAGUACAGCAGUUGUGGUGGUGGUGCUCAGAGCUUUCAUGGAGUAUUGUAAAGAUGGAGCAUGUGGGCUUUUUGGACAAGGUGGGUUGAUUAUGUUUGAUGUCGGCGGUGUUCCGGUGAGGUACCAUGUAGCUGAUCUCAUCCCUGUAACUGUAAUUGGAAUCAUUGGUGGAGUUUUAGGUAGCCUUUACAACUACCUUCUUCACAAGGUCCUUCGUCUCUACAAUCUCAUCAAUGCCAAAGGGAAAUUAGCCAAGAUUUCAUUGAGUCUGGCAGUAUCAUUGUUCACGUCAGCAUGCUUAUAUGGACUCCCGUUUCUUGCCAGCUGUACGCCAUGCGAUCCAUCUCUAGUAGAUUCCGAGUGUCCGUCUACAGGAAGAAUGGGGAACUUCAAGCAGUUUAACUGUCCAAAAGGACACUACAAUGACCUGGCGACUCUCCUCCUUACAACAAACGAUGAUGCUGUACGCAACAUUUUCUCCACCAACACUCCCAGUGAAUACCGUGUCUUCUCCUUAGUCAUUUUCUUUAUACUUUAUUGCAUAUUGGGACUCUUCACGUUCGGGAUUGCAGUUCCAUCUGGACUUUUCCUACCGAUUAUACUCAUGGGGUCCGCUUACGGGCGCUUACUUGGCAUGGCGAUGGGGCCCUACGCAUCCAUUGACCAAGGCCUUUAUGCUGUUUUGGGUGCGGCUUCUUUAAUGGCGGGAUCCAUGCGGAUGACUGUUUCCCUGUGUGUCAUAUUUCUUGAGCUGACAAACAAUCUUCUUUUGCUUCCGAUAACAAUGCUUGUCCUUCUAAUUUCCAAAAGUGUUGGAGACUGUUUCAACCCGAGUAUAUACGAGAUCAUACUAGAGCUUAAAGGGCUGCCUUUCUUGGAAGCCCACCCGGAGCCAUGGAUGAGAAAUAUAACAGUUGGUGAGCUGGCGGAUGUUAAGCCGCCAGUUGUCACGUUAUCAGGGAUUGAAACGGUGGGUCGGAUUGUGGAUGUUUUGAGGAACACCACCCACAAUGGCUUUGCUGUUGUGGACAGUGUGGGACAGGUGAGUGAAGUGCAUGGGCUUGUUUUGAGAGCUCAUCUUUUACUGGUGUUGAAAAAGAAAUGGUUUUUACAAGAGAGAAGGAGAACAGAGGAGUGGGAAGUGAGAGAAAAGUUCACUUGGGUUGAUGUGGCGGAGAGGUGGGGGACGAUAGAGGAGGUGGCAGUUACAAAAGAAGAAAUGGAAAUGUAUGUGGAUUUGCAUCCACUUACCAAUUCUACCCCUUAUACGGUUGUUGAAACCAUGUCUGUUGCAAAGGCUUUAGUGCAAUUCAGGCAAGUGGGGCUUCGCCACAUGCUUGUUUUACCAAAGUACCAUGGCCAUGGGGUGCCACCAGUGGUUGGAAUCUUGACCAGGCAGGACUUGAGAGCACACAACAUUUUGAGUGCAUUUCCUCAUCUUGAAAAAUCUCACACAAGUAAAAAGGGGCGUUAAAAUUUCUCCACAAACAAGGAAAAAGGCAUUGUGAUUUGUGAAUGCCUCAAAUUACUACUUUCUAUUGCCAAUUUUGAAUUCUUUUACCAAAUUUAAACAAGAUGCCACAACCAUGUAAGAUGACUACAUACUAGUAUUUAAAUAUUGCAUUGUUCAGUCAGUUACACAUCAAAUAAGU